AUGUUUAACGAGAAGCGACUGGAAGCCAUGCAGCACCUUGUGAACGACCGUAUCCAAUCCCGGCAAGAAAGUUUCGUACAGCGCUUGUCUAGCCUGACGCCUAUUCUCUCUGACUCUGGAACCAACGACUCGGCGAGUCUGGCUGCAAUUGAGGAGUUUCCACAGCUGUAUGAUCAGUCUGAGAAAAUCGCCAAGUUACAGAGUCAGCUGGCUCUCUACCAGACAGGGUUAACCGACCAGAAAGCGCCCGAGAUGCACGCCUAUGAGGAUGAAGCUAGGGUUGACAGUUUGGCUGCACUGAUUGAUAACGCUAGAGCGAGCAGAUUCCUAGAUCCAGCAGUGAACACCCCACCUGACAUUGAAACCGGCUCGGGCAGAACGCCACAGAGAAAAGGCGUUGUACGCCAGGGCCAGACAACUGGAAAAGAUCUUACAGGCCAUGGCAAUCGUCGUUGGCGGGGAGAGGCGGCAGUCUUCCGCGAAAAAGAGUAUCGAUAUACCGUGCCUCUCGGUGUAUCAUACCGGAGAACUAUCUCUCUCAACUAUUGCCCUAUCCAAUUCCCGCCGGGAAUGGACGCUGGCGAUGGCUCUGUGUUUGUCAAAAUCGAGAUCUGCCCGCCCGGCCAGAGACACCCCGAGGUUUACGCAACCUCUGCCACAGAUGAGGAUCCCGCGAGUCGUCUAGCUUUUCGCGUGAGAUAUCAGGAUUCGGCCGGGUUGGAUCGCCAUUUUUACGCGAAGGAUUCAAAUGUGACGCCGCUACUCCGGGCAAAUACAUUUGUGGAUAUCCUUAUAAACGACGUUUCCAAUGAGAUCAUUGCCCAGACGCCUAGAAGGUGGCUAUAUCUCAAGAAGGGGCGGUCGAUUGCGGGUUUGGAGAAGUUUGAGGGCGGGGGAUAUACAAGCCCUACUACUUAG